GUCUAUUUUAGCAGAUGUAAAUGAAAGAUUGUUAUUUUGGGAGGUCAAGUCACUCUUGAGAAGCUGAGAGAAACCAGCAUGGAUGCCAUUCUGAAGCCUGGACCAAAAGAAGAGGACCUAUAUGAUCUUUUGAAUUGUCAUCCAUCUUCCACAGUGGAACAAAUUCAGACAGAGUACAAAAUACUGGCUCUUCAGUUUCAUCCAGACAAGAACCCUGAUGAUACCACAGCAGAGAAAAGAUUUCAGCAGUUACAGUUUGCCAAGGAGACCCUGUGUGACGAGGAGCGGCGCGCCACCUACGACAAGUGGCGCGCCAGUGGACUCACCAUCCCGUUCAAGGAGUGGCUGGCCAUGAGGGACUCGGUGAAAACGUCAAUGCACUGGGCGACGCCGAAGACUGCCGACCGUAUGCUGCCUCCGGGCGCCGGGUCAUCGGACGAGUCCACUUCAGCUCUGAGGGGAGGUCAUACUGCGGACGAGUCCAUUCCGAGGGGAGGUAACACUGUGGGCCAGUCCAUUCGCUCGGACCGACCAUACCUGGCACAGUGGCGCAGAUCCGAAGGAAGUGAUCUGGUCAGGAAGUUCAGGAAUUACGAGAUAUAACUGUCAGGAAAAUUCUGUAUCUAGCAUGGCUCCACUCAGAAGCGUCUUUGUGAACAAAACAGGCGAUACUUCUCACUCACGCCUACAAUUUGUUUUAUAUUUUGUAAGAUUUUUUUAUAUUUUAUGGUCCAAUGACAUUGUUGUGACAUUACGUUUUUCAAUGCGGCCGAUGUUUGCAUUCCUUUCGGAUUGACCUGGGUGCGUCGUACUCAACAUUACGUUAUCCGUGCUGUUUCCAGUAUGAGGCAUACUGCCGGGAUAAUACUCAUCCAUUUGUUUGUCUAAAUGCUUCAACAUGUGUGCAAUAUUUGGUUGUUCGUCAGUAGUUGGCGCAAUGGGAAUCUCAAGGCAGCUACGUAUUGUGAAUGUACUAAUUUCCGCCUUAUUACGGAAAGGUGAUGUUUCGAGAUAUUUAUGGUAAAACCUACCUAUAUGUGUGGCCACUGGCCAGUUAGCUGUUAGGGUACGAGAUUACAGUAUCUAAUGAAUGUUGUGCCAUGUAACCAAUGGGACCAAGAUUGUGUAUGGAAGAUUGCGUAUUUUUCGCUAUGCUCGGUGUAUGUGGCCAGCUGGCUGUUACGUUACGAUAUUAGAGUAUCUUAUGAAUGUCGUGCCAUGUUGUAACCAAUGGGACCAAGGUCUUGUGCCGAUGACUGCGUAUUUCUCGCUGUUGGUACGCGGUGAUAUGCUGCGAGUUUUUGUGAAGGAAUCUGAGCAUCAUAGAUAGUUAUGUCUACUUACGUGUGUAAUUUGUGCUAUCCGUUGUUAAUAUAAGUGAUUAAUCGUGUUC